AUGUCUUACGGCGGUGGUGGUUACGGCGGCUCGCGUGGUGGCGGCAGCGGCGGCGGCAGCUACGGCGGUGGUAGCAAUGGCUACUCUGGCGGGUACGACAUCUCGAGAUCCUAUGGACAAAGCUCUCAUGGCGACUAUUCAACCAGUCGCUCUUACGACGGUGGCAGAUCUGGCGGUUACGGCGGUGGCAGCCAAGGUGGUUACUCUGGCGGUGGUCAGGGUGGCUACGGCGGUGGCAGCCAGGGCGGCUACGGUGGUGGCAGCUAUGGCGGCGGCCAAGGCGGCGACAGAAUGGGUCAGCUCGGUGCCGGCCUCAAGAGCCAGCAGUGGGACAUGAGCACCCUCCCCAAGUUCGAGAAGUCCUUCUACAAGGAGGCGCCUACCGUAGCCGAGCGCUCCCAGGCCGACGUCGACGAGUUCCGCAAGACUCACCAAAUCGCCGUCCAGGGAAAGAACGUCCCUAAGCCCGUCGAGACCUUCGACGAGGCUGGUUUCCCCGGCUAUGUCAUCAACGAGGUCAAGGCCCAGGGCUUUGCCAACCCCACUCCCAUUCAGUGCCAAGGUUGGCCCAUGGCUCUCUCUGGUCGCGACGUGACCGGUAUUGCCGAGACUGGUUCCGGAAAGACCCUCACCUACUGCCUUCCUUCGAUCGUCCACAUCAACGCCCAGCCUCUCCUUUCUCCUGGUGAUGGUCCCAUCGUCCUUAUUCUCGCUCCCACUCGUGAGCUUGCUGUCCAGAUCCAGGCCGAAGUUAACAAGUUCGGCAAAUCGUCGCGCAUCCGCAACACCUGUGUCUACGGUGGUGUCCCCAAGGGUCAGCAAAUCAGAGAUCUUGCUCGCGGUGUCGAGGUGUGCAUUGCCACUCCCGGUCGUCUGAUCGACAUGCUCGAGUCUGGAAAGACCAACCUUCGCCGCGUCACCUACCUCGUUCUGGAUGAGGCUGAUCGCAUGCUCGACAUGGGUUUCGAGCCUCAGAUCCGCAAGAUCAUUGGCCAGAUUCGCCCUGACCGUCAGACUUGCAUGUGGUCUGCUACCUGGCCCAAGGAGGUUCGCGCCCUCGCCCAGGACUUCCAGCACGACUUCAUCCAGGUCAACGUUGGUUCCAUGGACCUUUCCGCCAAUCACCGCAUCACUCAGGUCGUCGAGGUCGUUUCCGAGUUCGAGAAGCGUGACAAGAUGAUCAAGCAUCUCGAGAAGAUUAUGGAGGACAAGGACAACAAGUGCCUCAUCUUCACCGGCACCAAGCGUGUCGCCGACGAAAUCACCCGCUUCCUCAGACAAGACGGCUGGCCAGCUCUGUCUAUCCACGGUGACAAGCAACAGCAGGAACGUGACUGGGUUCUCAACGAGUUCAAGCAGGGCAAGAGCCCCAUCAUGGUUGCCACUGAUGUGGCUUCGCGUGGUAUCGGUAUGAUUGAACACCCCCUCUCCACCAUCACUCACAGCACCUUCCCUUUUCCUAUCCUCCACUACACUGCCAGUUCUCCCCUCCCCCAUUGCUCGCACUUGCGUGAUCUGAAAGUGGUGCUCUACGCCGAGCACUCGUGCGCCUUUGCAUACGUAACCAUGUUCCUUAUAGGCCGUCCAGUUUACUGGUUCCUUACUCCGGAUCCUUGGGAGAAACUUGCUCGAUUCGAGGCCUUUGUCUUUUCAUUUUGGCUUCGCAUCGUACCUCUCGCCCUCUACUUUGCGCUUCAUGUUCGCAACAUUACCCACGUCCUCAACUACGACUACCCCAACAACUCUGAGGACUACAUCCACAGAAUCGGCCGUACCGGUCGUGCAGGUGCCAUGGGUACUGCCAUCACCUUCUUCACCACUGAGAACUCCAAGCAGGCUCGCGACCUUGUUAACGUCUUGGCCGAGGCUAAGCAGAACAUCGACCCCCGUCUCGCUGAGAUGGUCCGCUACGGUGGUGGCGGCGGUGGCCACGGUCGCUGGGGCGGUGGUCGUGGACGUGGUGGCGGUGGCCGCGGCCGUGGUGGCGGCUUCACCAGCUCCAACAACGCUCCCCUUGGUCGUGACUCUCGCUGGUAG